GCAUCCCCGAAUCGUGCUUCAUCCACUACAGCAGCCCGCCGAGCGACAAUCAACACGCUUGCCGCUGCCGUUCUUCGUCGAGCGCUGGCCGCGCAGCUUGCGACCUUGAUCGCCGACCCUCUCGUCACCUCCCGUACCGCCGGUGGCCUCUCUACCCGACUCGAACGAAGCCCAACGAAGUCCGCGCCACGUGCCAGCUCCUUGGGGGUGGGUGAUAAGCCCUUCAGGCGGUGUCGGCGUCGAAACGAGAGAUAUUCCGCGACACUGCGGCGAAACGCGGCGCGCUCUGUCGCUCAACGUAUCCCGCCGUAUGCGACGGUGGUGGUAGCGCAGCAGAAACCAAAACCAGCGCCAUGGACUUCGCGCCCUACCAGUCGUCGCCUCCAGAGCACUCGCGCGUGGCAUCGCCCGAGUUCGCCGGCAAUGCCACAUCCCCUCGACCGUCGCACGAUGCCGGAGGCCGGCGACCAUACUCGCCCUCUGCCGCCUUCAACGCGAGGAGUCCCCCGCCUCUUCAGCACCCGCAGCCGCAGCGCGCAUGGGGUGGCGACCUUGACGACCAGACACAGGCUGGCUCUUGGAUCGGCGGCGGCGGCGGCGGUAACGGCGGUGCCGCCAUGCCGGGUGCGUAUCCCGCCGCCGAAAUCAGCGAGUUUGAUACCAGCCUCGGCCUGAGACUCGAUUACGAGGCCUGCCUUGCGUAUCUCGCCCUGCCACCCCUCGGCGCCAUCUUACUGCUUAUCCUAGAACGCAAGAGUGAUUAUGUUCGAUUCCACGCCUGGCAAGCAGCCCUGCUCUUUACCGCGAUCAUGGUUUUUCACCUCAUCUUCUCCUGGUCCUCGUUUCUAAGCUGGCUCUUCUUUGUUUGCGACAUGGCUCUCAUCGCCUUCCUCACGUUGAGAGCGUAUCGGGACGCCGAGAUCCUGGACAGGUUCGAGGUCCCGUUGUUUGGCAGCAUAGCAAGCCGCUUCCUGGAUGACGAGUAGGACUUGAGAUGCAGCGGUGCCGAAUUACACCUGUCAACGAGGGGGUGGUCUGGUCGGCCUUUUGCCUACCUCGUUUCACUCGCCUGCUUCCUAUUAAUGUAUAAAACAUUGCCUGCAUUGUACUUUCACAUAUACCCCUAUAAUUCAUGAAGGCCUAAACUAGCUACCUUUCAGUCGCGCCUGGUGGACACGUGCGCAACGAGCAUGGCUCCGUCUUUGCAAAUACAACCUCAAC